ACUCCAGACCAGUUGGUGGCGGUAAUGCACCAUAACGUUGUUUGCCAGCCGCCAUAAAACGCCAAGAAGAAGCAGAAGAAGAAGAACCCGGAAGUGGUGGACUUGUAAAGGCAGUAGAAGAACGUGAACAUGGAUAAAUCGCAGCAGCAUUAUUCCGGGGGGUCGUCAUAUUCAUCUGCUCCUCCACCGAUGGCGCCGAGAAGAGACUUUCCUGCAGCACCUUCACCAGAGUCAUGGGAUGUUUACCGGCAGCAUCAGACUCAGGCGGUUCCACACAGUCACUGGCCCCCGUUUCCCGUGGCAACACCACCACCACCACCCGGCUCCUCUCAUGUUUACCCUCCACACCCGCCUUUCGACCCCAGCAGACCUCCUCCUGGUUAUUUCUCGACACCCCCAGCAUCGACACCUUCUUCUCCUGCAAGCCUAAAGCCUGGACACAGUGAGGAUCUCCCUCACUUUCAUCCACCCAGCAGAGCUUACCAGUCCAACAUGGAUAACUAUCACAGAGGACAUUUUGAUCAGCGUGGCAGCUUUUCCAACUCUGCUCCACCGUCCUAUCAGCCUAGUUUCCAAUCUAACAACAUUUUGGCUCCUAAUUAUUCUGUGGACCAUCAUAAACAAAAUUAUCCAUCACAAGCUCCUUCUGAUCACUUUGACAAAAGCAUUAACAGAUUUGAUGAGGAUGCCUGGCAGAGAAAACAAGACGAACAGUGGAUUAAUACUUUCUUGCGCAGAAGGACAAAAAUGGCACCACCUUCUUCAGCGAAGCGCUGUCCUCCAAAACAGUCUGUGUCUGAUUUCCGAGAGAAGCUGUACGUGGCGGUUAAAAUGCUGUCUGAGCUCUCUGAGGUGUGCCAAACCUUAAAAAACAACCUUGAGAAUGAAAAUGUAUGGACUGACUCGUACUCAAGAGCAGUGGCGCUGAAGAGCAGCCUGGAAGAAAGCCUGAAGACUCUGAAUGAUCCUGAAAGAGUGGACAUGGUGAAGAAGAAACUGACUUUGAUCAAGAAGAAGCGAGCACGCGUGCGUAGGAAGAAAGCCGAGCGUGAGGAGGAGAAACGAGAGCGAGAAGCACGAGCUGCAGAGAAAGAGGCAGCUAUUGAUAAGCACCAGAUGAAGAAGAUACAAGAAAUUGAAGAAAAAAACAGGGAGCGAGAACUGAAGCUGGCAGCUGAUGCUGUUCUCUCUGAAGUCAGGAGGAAGCAAGCUGAUGCCAAGAGAAUGCUGGACAUCCUCAAAGCUCUGGAAAAGCUUCGGAAACUCCGCAAAGAAGCUGCGUCCAGGAGAGGCAUGUUUCCAGAGAAGGAGAGUGAUGAAGUGUUUGAGGGCCACCUGACGAGGCUCAGGACUCUGAUCAGGAAACGCGUGGCUGUCUACGGAGCCGAGGAGAAAGCACUGAGGGUCAUGCUGGAGGGAGAGCAAGAGGAGGAGCGCAAACGUGAUCAUGAGAAGCGGCAAAGAAAAGAGAGAGAGAAGCUGCUGCAGAAGAAACGGGAGAUCGACAUGAUGCUGUUCGGAGCUGAACUGCCUCUUGAUCAUCCACUUCAGCCGUACCAAGAGUACUACACCCAGGCAGAGAAGUCACUACCUGUCCUCGUCCAAAUAAGGAGAGACUGGGAUCAGUUUUUGGUUCCUCUAGAUCACCCUGAUGGUUCCACCAUUCCUCAGGGCUGGGUUCUACCAGAGCCACCAGCUGAUGACAUCUGGGCCAUCGCUCUUGAGAAAUGAACGUCGAAUGAAAACUCAUCCAGUUCAUUACUGUAUAUAACUAACUGAUAUCUCGAAGAUUGAGUGUUGGACUGCAACUUACCACCAUCUUGUGGCGCACUAAUCUCCACUAUUAUUUAUUAUAUCGUGUAUAAUACUUUAAUAAACUCUGCGUACUGAGUUGUUUGUACUGAA